GCCUCGUAAGAAAUUCUAUUUGAGGCGCAUCUCAUCUCCCACCUCUAAACUCAGCUCUUCGAACUACUCUCGAUCUGAAAAUCAUCUUGCGUGUGCAAUCACCAACGAAUUCGACAAUUCCCCAGAGUGAACGGAACCGAGUGCAAUAUCACAAAUAAUUAUAAACAAAUUAGGCAAAAAAACAUUUAAAAAAAUAAUGUGCUGACAGCGCAAAAGACUCGGUAGUUCUUGCGUGCGUAUUCCUCGAGAAUCAAUUGAUAUUGUUGAAUAAAUAAUAAAACUAAGUUGAAAAAGAAAAGAUCGAUUUGAUUUUCGAUAGUUGCUGGGAAUUGAUAUUUUAACGGCUGAUAAAGUGCGAGAUGAGCGUUUCAAGGGGAACGAUGGUGAGUGACGAUUCACUUCAGGAUGUGCCUCUGACGUCAGUCGACUUUGAGGUCUUUGGUAAAGUCCAGGGUAAGUCUCUAGGGGGAUGUUAUUUUACAAAAUACACGAGAGAUCUUUGCCGAUCGCUGGGGAUCGGUGGCUGGGUGAAGAACAGCAAAAAGGGGACUAUACUCGGAAAAAUGCAGGGCCCAAAGCCGUAUGUUGAUCAAAUGGCACAUUGGCUGACAACAGUGGGCAGUCCAGGCUGUGAAAUUCAUCACACGGAAUUCACAAAUUGGGAGACCAUCCGACGACCCUCUUACGGUGCCUUCCAAAUUCGAUUUUAACGCCAUUUUCACGACGAAUUUAUCCAUAAGAGCUACGACCUGAACGAACGAAUGUUAUAAUUACCCUGUAGCUUCUAAUUCUCCUCUGUAAUUACUCCGUAAUUUUGUUAAUUCCGGUAAUUUAUGUACGAUUCGUGAUAUCAGCAGCGAGAAGUUAAAGAUUAACUGUUGAGUUUCCGGGCAAUAACUCUCGAUGUGAGGGAGUUACUGAAAUUUUGUGGGGACCUUUUUCGCAGCUCUCAUUCCACUCUACAAAAGAGGUCCCAACGAAAAACUGUCUAUCUCUCUUAGAUUCCGCGAUAUCCCCCGAAAACUAAACCGAGAAGUUAAUCAACUUUACCUCUUCGCUACUGAUUUCAAUACCUCAACACCUGAUAUAGAAAUAAUAUUUUAAGUGAAUAGUAUUCAGCCGAAGGGCAUCAGAAUUGUUCGGUGUUUGAACGAAAAUUUGUAAUUCAGUGGUUGAAAAAUAAUGAGAAUAAAAAAAUAUUUUUGUUUUUUAA